AUGACUAGCUACCACAAACCCGAUGAGAAAACUCUGCAGGGGCUGAAAGACGUCGCCAACAAGCUCAGGAUCAACUCCAUCAAGGCGACAUGCGCCUCUAACUCUGGUCACCCCACAUCAUGCUGCAGUGCUGCAGAGCUCAUGUCUGUGCUCUUCUUCCACACCAUGCGCUAUAAAGCAGAUGACCCCCGCAACCAGUGUAACGACCGCUUUGUGCUCUCAAAGGGUCAUGCUGCACCUGUCCUGUAUGCUGCCUGGGCGGAGGCUGGUUUCGUGAAGGAGUCUGAUCUGCUCAACCUGCGCAAGAUUGACUGUGACCUUGAGGGGCACCCCACACCAAAACUGGCUUUUGUUGAUGUGGCUACAGGAUCUCUGGGACAGGGUCUCGGGGCUGCCUGUGGGAUGGCCUACACUGGCAAACACUUUGACAAAUCAGCUUACCGUGUGUAUUGCAUGAUGGGUGAUGGAGAGUGUUCGGAGGGCUCUGUGUGGGAGGCCAUGGCCUUUGCCUCCUACUACAAGCUGGACAACUUGGUGGCUAUAAUGGAUGUCAACCGGCUCGGUCAGAGUGAGGCCGCACCCCUGAAGCACGACAUGGAGACCUACCGCAAGCGCUGUGAAGCUUUUGGAUGGAACACGUAUGUUGUGGAUGGACAUGAUGUCGAGGAGCUGUGCAAAGCGUUCUGGCAGGCUCAGCAGGUCAAGGACAAACCCACUUGCAUUGUAGCCAAAACAUUCAAGGGCAAGGGACUCAAAAAUAUUGAGGAUCUUGAUAAUUGGCAUGGAAAGCCUAUCCCUAAGGACAGGGUGGAUGACAUCCUGAAAGACCUCCAGGCUCAGAUCCAGGUCCCCAACAAGACAGUGUGCCCUGAACUGCCCAAAGAUGACACGGCACCUGCAGACCUUAGCACCAUCUCCAUGCCUUCACCCCCAGCAUACAAAAUGGGAGAAAAGAUGGCAACAAGGCGUGCAUACGGCCUGGCACUGGCCAAGCUGGGCCAGGCAAGCAAGAGAGUGGUGGCCCUCGAUGGAGACACCAAAAACUCUACCUUCUCAGAGACCUUCAAGAAAGCCUUCCCUGACCGCUACAUUGAGUGCUUCAUUGCUGAACAGAACUUGGUGGGAGUGGCCAUUGGCUGUGCCACCCGUGACCGCACAGUUUCAUUUGCCAGCACGUUUGCUGCCUUCUUCUCUAGAGCCUAUGACCAGAUCCGCAUGGGAGCCAUCUCCCAGUCAAAUGUCAACCUGGUAGGGUCCCACUGUGGGGUCUCCAUCGGUGAGGAUGGUCCUUCCCAGAUGGCCCUGGAGGACUUGGCCAUGUUCCGUGCUAUCCCAACAUGUACGGUGUUUUACCCCAGCGAUGCAGUGUCCACAGAGAAAGCCGUUGAGCUGUCAGCCAACACGAAGGGUAUCUGUUUCAUCCGUACCAGUAGACCAGACAAUGAGGUCAUCUACUCUCCAGAUGAGAAGUUUGAAGUGGGCAUAGCUAAGGUGGUGCGCCAGUCCGAUAGUGAUUGUGUAACGGUGAUUGGAGCUGGUGUUACUCUGCAUGAGGCCCUUGCUGCUGCUGAUAUGCUGGCCCUUGAAGGAAAGAAGAUCCGUGUGAUUGACCCGUUCACUAUCAAGCCCCUGGAUGCCUCUACCAUCAUGUCCAGUGCCAGAGCUACAAGGGGCCAGAUAAUCACUGUGGAGGACCACUACAAGGAAGGUGGUCUUGGUGAAGCAGUGCUGUCAGCAGUGGGCAAGGAGCCUGGCAUUGUUGUGACCCGGCUUGCAGUGACCGGUGUUCCCCGCAGCGGAAAGUCUCAAGAGCUGCUGGACAUCUUCGGCAUCAGCGCCAAGCACAUUGCUGACGCCGUGCGUCAGACCUUUGCAAAUUAAGGACCGUAAUUUAUCUCUCGCUUGCCGCUCCAUUCCAUCUCAAACAACUUGCAGUUUCCUGGCAUGAUCACGUGAAGACCUGUUAACUUUUUGUGCCCAUGUGCCAUCUUGUGGCUUUGAUUAAAGCAACACUAGAGAACUUUUCCCAUUUUGGUCCCCCCUACAAGUUGGAACUGGAUUUGUCUCAUUCAAACUACAGAUCCGCUACCCGGUCUGACAAACUUUCAUAGUGCGGUUAUAGCCGGUAGACAGCCGCAAAGUGAAUGCAAAAGUGCCGUUAACCCCGUUACGAGUUGAUGAACCACAGAAACCAUUAUGGAACAGUUAUUUUAAGUUACAAAAUUCUCUAGUGUUGCUUUAAAGUGCUGUGCUAACCCUGUAUUGUUAAUACUACCACAGAUGGAGAGGGAUGAGAAGGGAGUGUGUGACAGAUGGAAUAAUGUGUAUUACCAGUAAGUCACAGCAAAAAGUAAUGUGUAGUAGCCUACCAGUAAGUCAGAGCAAGCAGUUGAGGGUUCAUAUUGAGUAAUGGUAUAUCAGUUUAUGGUUAAAGUUGUUAGAGUAUGUUUGUUUGAUUUUUUUUUUUUUUUUUUUUUUUUUUUUUUUUUCAUGUGCAAAAUGUCAUUCCAAAACCAGCAGCAGUAAAAUUACUUCAUAUGAACACUCAACUGCUUGCUCUGACUUACUGGUAGGCUACUACACAUUACUUUUAUUUUUUGCUGUGACUUACUGAUAAUACACAUUAUUCCAUCGGUCACAAGUGGAG